CGAACCUAACCUAAAAAUAGAGACCUUCAACUUACAAUGUUUUUUUAAAUAAGUAAAUACAAAUUUAUUAUUUUAACCAGCAUCUGAUAACGAACAAACAAAUAAAUAGUGUUUAUUUCUUGUAUAAGUUAUGUUAAAAUAAAAAUCAUGAAUAGUUUUAAAAUUACCAGUAUUUUUGUGAACAAAUUACUAAUAAGACGGUGCCCUUUCCGUACUUGCAUAAAUCUAGACUGGAACAUUUCCGUUAAUCACAUUCAGGCCACGUCCCAUUCGAAAUUAUUUUGCACAACUUCAAAUAAGGAAAAUGAUGAGUAUACUCGUCACAAGAGUUUAGUAAAGAACGAGUUCAAAGCCUACAUUCGGCAAAACACUGAAAAACUUCGAGACACCGAACAAAAGCUCAAACAGAAGGGGACGGUGAUAUUACAAGACAUUAAAGAAACCACUGAUAAGGUCAAAGAAAAAGUAGAGGAGGUGAUUGAACGGGAAAACAUUUACACAAUUCCCAACUUCCUUUGUGUUUCAAGAAUACUCCUUUCUCCAUAUUUAGGCGUGUUGAUAGUCCAAGCCAACUUUGACUUCGCAUUAGCUGUCCUUGGAAUAGCUGCAGUUACUGACUUACUUGAUGGAUGGAUUGCGCGGACGUGGGAAAGUCAGUCGUCAAAACUUGGGAGUUUUCUAGACCCAAUGGCUGAUAAAGUCCUGAUAGCCACCUUAUUUCUGACUCUGACCUAUGCCGACUUAAUCCCAAUAGCUCUAACCAGUCUCAUUGUACUUCGUGAUGUCUGUCUUGUCACUGCAGGUUUUGUCAUAAGAUACAGGUCACUACCACCACCUAGGACCUUGAGCAGGUAUUUUGACGCUACACACGCCACUGCUCAGUUAGCACCGACUUUUAUCAGCAAAGUUAAUACAGGAGUUCAGUUGUUACUGGUAGGGUCUACACUAGCGGCCCCUGUGUUUCACUACGUUGGCCAUCCUGCAUUGGAGUGUUUGUGGUAUAUUACUGGUGCUACUACUUUAGCAGCUGGGUUUAGCUACAUCUUUUCGAAAAACACGUACCAAAUUUUUAAAAAAAUACCCAAAAAGUAGAAAAGGCUGACUGAUUGUUUAGGUUUGUAUCAAUUCGUAGAUUUAAGGACAACCGAUUUUAAACAGACAUGAGAUAAGUCGUGUAUGAGAAGUAGACCUUGAUGAAAGUUCCCAUCUUAAUUUUUCACAAUGUACAUAUAUUAUUGUGCCGAUCCUAAAAUAUUUUGUUAUCUUUUUAUUUAUGAAAAGGCUCAAUACUAGAAAAAUACAUAUAUUUAGUAAAGCAAAUAAAGUAACAAAAACCCGUAAAA